AAUUGGGUGGAUCAGAGAGAACCGGAGGGAGCCUGUCCUAUCUUUAUUACAUACAGCUAGCGAUGCCCGGCCGGUGGUGGCUAGCGCUAGUGCCCAGCACCACGUACGCCACUGGAUCGAGCCCGCCCGCAGCAGCAGGGGCAGCGGAUCAGAGCAAGCUGCUAAUAAGGUCCGAUCGAUCGAUCCUCUACCUAGCUCGUUGAUCAGCAUGGCUCCUCCCCAUCAGACGGAGAGCUGCAGCGGGUCGUCGGCGCCGGCCACGGUGACGACUGUGGAUGUGACCGCGGCGAGGGACCUUAUCGCGGCCGGCGGCGGCCACCGCUACCUGGACGUGAGGACGGAGGAGGAGCUGAGCAAGCUGGGGCACCUGGUGGAGGUGAACAGGUGCAUCAACGUGCCCUACAUGUUCAUCACCUCACAAGGAGGCCGGGUGAAGAAUGCCCAGUUCGUGGAGCAGGUGGCGUCGCUCUUUACCAAAGAGGAACACGUCGUGGUGGGGUGCCAAAGCGGCAAGAGAUCGGAGCAAGCAUGCGUUGAUCUCCAAGCAGCAGGAUUCAAGAACGUCAAGAGCAUGGGAGGCGGCUACCUGGCAUGGCUCCACCAUGGCUUCCCCGUCCACCACCGCACCAACCGCCCGCCACCACGCCAAGACGCCUAGCAGCAGCUCAACCACCCAAACUCCAAUACAAGCGAAAUGAAUAAAAUGAAAUAAUUGCGCUUGCUACCAGCCACUCUUCGUCUCCACUACUAGAUCUACUGCAUUAUAUAUCAUUGUCACCGGAUACGAUUCCCCAUCAGUAUGUUUUGAUGCCAGGAUUCCCCAACAUAUAUGGUGCUAAUAAAAUGCAUGCGGUGAUCAAAUC